AUGCAACAUCAACAUCCUCCUCCACCCACCCCCACCCCCACCGCCUCCUGCCCAACCCCUGCCACCGCCAACAUCACUAGUUAUGGUGACUACAACAGCUGGAGUACCCCAAACAACACCGGCUCCUGCCAAAAUAUCCGUCCCACUCAUGAGAAUGUGAAAGUAAAAAUGUCUCGCAUUGGAAAGUUAGAAUACCUUGUAAGGGCUUAUAAGGAGUUGGACUACGCCAUGAGGAACAUCACCACUAGCUGUUGUGCCUGCCGUGGCUGCCAUGGCCAAAACAACACCAGCUCCUGCCAUAAUAACCAUCCCACCGUCCUUAAUCGCUCGUUUGCUUUGCUUUUUAUUCUUUCUCUUGUGUUUGUCACAAAGGCUGCACACAUACGUGACUCUAGCAAUUAUAAAGCCGCACACUAUGAAUAA